AUGAUGGAUACUCUACCACGUACACCUACAAAAGCUAAACCUACUCAGCAACUCUCCACACCAUCUCCAAAAAAUGAUAUUUUAGUUAUGGGAGGCUACAAAAGAAGGAAUACGACGACACCGCCGCCUAAACGGGUCCUUUCGAAGCCACAACAGCCAGAUGUUCACCGGCAUUCGUUAGCGGGCCAGAACCGCAUAUCUAUGUCUCCAAAUCGCGAGCUUUUAAGAAAUUACAGGGGUACAGCGAAUUUGGUUUAUGGAAAUCAGAAAAGUAAUUCUGGGGUGACUUCCUUUUACAAAGAAAAUGUCAAUGAACUAAACAGGACACAAGCCAUUCUAUUUGAAAAAAAAGCAACUUUAGACUUAUUGAAAGAUGAGCUAACAGAAACAAAAGAGAGAAUCAAUGCCGUUAAUCUCAAGUUCGAAACUCUUCGUGAGGAAAAGAUAAAAAUUGAACAGCAACUGAAUCUAAAAAACAACGAACUUAUCUCCAUAAAAGAGGAAUUUUUGUCAAAGAAACAGUUCAUGAAUGAAGGUCAUGAAAUACAUUUAAAGCAGCUCGCAGCGUCAAAUAAGAAGGACCUGAAGAAAAUGGAAAAUGAGUACAAAACAAAGAUUGAGAAACUGAAGUUUAUGAAAAUAAAACAAUUUGAAAAUGAAAGAGCGGCACUGUUAGAUAAAAUAGAAGAGAUUAGAAAUAAAAUUAUCAUGAACCCUUCCACUUUACAAGAAAUGUUGAAUGAGUCUGAACAAAAGCAAGUACUGGAAAAAGAACUAUGGCUAACAGAGUAUCAAACACAAUGGAAAAACAAUAUGGAAUUGAACAAUAAACAUAUGAAGGACAUCGAGAACGUUAAAAAGGAGAUCGAAUAUACCUUAAAACCUAAAUUGACAGAGAAAAAGAAGCUCUUGACAGAGAAGUGUAACGAGUAUGAAACUCUUAAUGUAGAGGUUGAAGAAAAGAAAAAAGAAACAGCAAAGCUAAGGAAUGAAGUAGCAUCGAAAGAGAAGGCUAAUCGAGAAACUUUAGAUAAAAUCAAUGAGCUUGAAGAGUAUAUAAAAGACACUGAGAUAGGAAUGAAGGAGUUGAAUGAAAUUUUAGUUAAAGAGGAAACAGUAAGACGCACAUUACACAAUGAGUUACAGGAACUACGAGGAAAUAUACGGGUUUAUUGUAGAAUUCGUCCGCCUUUAGAAACCUUGGAGAAUUUGGAUACUAGUCUCAUUAGAGUUAAUGAAUUUGAUGACAAUCGGGGUGUUCAAUCUAUGGAAGUUACAAAAAUUCAAAGUACCACACAAGUGCAUGAAUUCAAGUUUGAUAAAAUCUUUGAUCAACAAAAUACGAAUGAGGACGUUUUCAAAGAAGUUGGACAAUUAGUACAGAGUUCAUUGGAUGGUUAUAACGUCUGUAUUUUUGCAUAUGGUCAGACAGGGUCCGGGAAAACCUUCACGAUGUUGAAUACAGGAGAUGGUAUUAUUCCUUCCACAAUAUCUCAUAUAUUCAGUUGGAUCAACAAGUUGAAGACAAAAGGCUGGGACUACAAAGUCAACUGUGAAUUCAUCGAGAUAUAUAACGAGAACAUCGUAGAUCUGCUGAGAAAUGACAGUAUUGGUAAGGACGACACGAAUACCAAUUCAAAGCAUGAAAUACGCCACGAUCAGGAAACUAAGACUACUAUGAUAACAAACGUUACGAGCUGCCAGCUUGAAUCAGAGGAAAGAGUUGAUAUGAUUCUGAAAAAGGCAAACAAGCUAAGAUCUACAGCUAGCACAGCGUCGAACGAGCAUUCUUCCCGUUCACACAGUAUUUUCAUGAUACAUUUGUCUGGAUCAAAUGCAAAAACUGGAGCACAAUCGUAUGGAACCCUUAAUCUUGUUGAUCUGGCUGGUUCUGAAAGGAUAAAUAUUUCUCAGGUCGUAGGAGAUCGGUUAAGAGAAACUCAGAAUAUCAACAAAUCAUUAAGUUGUUUAGGUGACGUUAUUCAUGCAUUAGGUCAACCUGAUAGUACAAAAAGGCAUAUACCAUUUAGGAAUUCAAAAUUGACGUACCUACUACAAUAUUCGUUGACCGGGGACUCGAAGACAUUAAUGUUCGUUAACAUUUCGCCAAGUUCUUCGCAUAUAAAUGAAACGUUAAAUUCAUUAAGAUUUGCCUCUAAAGUGAAUUCAACCAGAAUGGUCAGUAGAAAAUGA